CCGCAGUAGUACAUCCCCACCCGUCUCCGCUCGUAUAAAUCCCGCGGCCCGCCCCGCGUGCGUCCGUGUGGGUGUGUGUCCGCGCGCCGUUCGUUCCGCGAGCCGAGUCGAGCGAGCGGGCAAGGUGUGCGUGGCGGGUGGUGGGUUUUGGCAACCAGACUGCAAGAAAACCAGCGCAGCCGCCGCCGUCGAGGAGCUCGAGCUGCUCGCCCCGAGGGCCUUCGCGGGCGCCGGAAUGGACCGCCACGACCUGGGCGCGUCCGGGGAGAUCGAGAAGACGCCGCGCGAGGCCGCCGCGCCAGACAUGGAGUCGGAGCCGGCGGCGGCGCGCGCGGCGGAGCGCGUGCCGCCGUGGCGCGAGCAGGUGACGGUCCGCGGGAUGGUGGCGGCGCUGCUCAUCGGCGUGGUGUACACCGUGAUCGUCAUGAAGCUGAGCCUCACCACGGGGCUCGUCCCCACGCUCAACGUCUCCGCCGCGCUGCUCGCCUUCCUCGCGCUCCGCGGCUGGACGCACGCGCUCCACCGCCUCGGCAUUGCCUGCCGCCCCUUCACCCGCCAGGAGAACACCGUCGUCCAGACCUGCGCCGUCGCCUGCUACACCAUCGGCUUCGGCGGUGGGUUCGGGUCCUUCUUGCUGGGGCUGGACAAGAAGACGUACGAGCUGUCCGGGGUGAACACGCCGGGCAACGUGCCGGGGAGCUACAAGGACCCCGGCAUCGGCUGGAUGAUGGGCUUCCUCCUCGCCAUCAGCUUCGUCGGCCUCCUCACCCUGCUUCCUCUCAGAAAGGUACUGGUCAUCGACUACAAGCUAACUUACCCAAGUGGGACUGCCACUGCCGUCCUCAUAAACGGGUUCCACACACCUCAAGGAGAUAAGAAUGCAAGGCAGCAGGUUCGUGGGUUCCUCAAGUACUUUGGGAUCAGCUUCUUCUGGAGCUUCUUCCAGUGGUUCUACACCGGCGGCGACGUCUGUGGGUUCCUCCAGUUCCCCACCUUCGGGCUAAGAGCCUGGAAGCAAACAUUUUUCUUCGACUUCAGCCUGACGUAUGUUGGCGCCGGGAUGAUCUGCUCGCACCUCGUCAACCUCUCUCUCCUCUUCGGCGCCGUCCUCUCUUGGGGCGUAAUGUGGCCGCUCAUGAGCAAGCAGGAGGGGAAGUGGUACUCAGCCAAGGCGUCUGCAAGCAGCAUGACAGGCCUGCCUUCCUCUGCAUUGCGCUGCUCAUUGGCGACGGCUUCUACAACUUCCUCAAAGUCAUCCUCGUCACCCUCAAGAGCAUACACGAGAAAUCGCAGCGCGGCCGUCUCAACAGAGGUGAAUUAUGUGGCGGAUGAGGACUCGGUGGCCAUCGACGACCUGCAGCGCAACGAGGUGUUCAACAGGGACAACAUCCCGGCGUGGGUGGCCUACGCCGGCUACGCCCUGCUCAGCGCCAUGGCGGUGGUGGCCAUCCCGCUCAUGUUCCGGGAGGUGAAGUGGUACUUCGUGGUGAUCGCCUACCUGCUGGCGCCGGCGCUCGGGUUCUGCAACGCCUACGGCACCGGCCUCACCGACAUGAACAUGGGCUACAACUACGGCAAGGUGGCGCUCUUCGUGUUCGCGGCGUGGGCGGGGAAGGACAACGGCGUGGUGGCCGGGCUGGUCACCUGCGGCCUGGUCAAGCAGCUGGUGCUCGUCUCCGCCGACCUCAUGCACGACUUCAAGACGGCGCACCUGACGCUGACGUCGCCGCGGUCGAUGCUGGUGGGGCAGGCCGUGGGCACGCUCAUGGGCUGCGUCGUGGCGCCGCUCACCUUCUUCCUCUUCUACGAGGCCUUCGACGUGGGCAACCCGGACGGGUACUGGAAGGCGCCCUACGCGCUCAUCUACCGCAACAUGGCCAUCCUCGGCGUGGAGGGCUUCUCGGCGCUGCCGCAGCACUGCCUGCAGCUCUGCGCGGCGUUCUUCGCCUUCGCCGUGCUGGCCAACCUGGCGAGGGACUUCCUGCCGGGGCGGUUCGGGAGGUUCGUGCCGCUGCCCAUGGCCAUGGCCGUGCCGUUCCUCGUCGGCGCCAGCUUCGCCAUCGACAUGUGCGUGGGGAGCCUCGUGGUGUUCCUCUGGCACAAGCUCGACGGGAAGAAGGCCGCGCUGCUCAUUCCGGCCGUCGCCUCCGGCCUCAUCUGCGGCGACGGGAUAUGGAUAUUCCCGUCGUCGCUGCUCGCGCUGGCCAAGAUCAAGCCGCCGAUGUGCAUGAAGUUCACGCCCGGAAGCUAGAGGAUCGAUCCACACAGCGUCAGAUUACAUAGGCGGUCUGCAUAUAGAAGCAAAUAACCAGAGCAUUUUGGGGUUAUCAUACUAUUACGUUACAUAGAGUGAUGCCGGGUAAAUCCGGCGACUUGUUCAUAAGAGUCUAGACUCUAGGGGGUCGUGUAUACUGUACAUCAGCAGAGAUGUCGAAUUUUCAGAGCGACGAGAACAAUUGCUUGUUGUCGCCUACAGACUACAAAGAAUAUGGUGUCUUAUCUUCGUUU